AUGCUCUUCUCUCUGCUUACACUUUUGUCAGGUUUCCCAGCUGAAAAGAAUCAUCAUAACGAAGAAAGACAAAGAAAGGAGAAGAGAAAAGCAAAACACCGACACAAAUUUUCUGAAGAAUUAUUGCAGGCACUUAAGGAAAUAUUUGGAGAAAACCCUUAUCCAGAUUUCAGCACAAGAAAAACAUUGGCCAACAAAUUUUAUUGUCCAGUAAAUGUCAUUAACAAUUGGUUCCAGAAUAAAAGAGCCAGACUUCCACCUGAAGAAAGACAAAGAAUCUUUGUUCUUCAGAAAAACGGUGAUUUCCUAGUAAAAGCCCAUCCAUUUUUAAGCUGCCAGGAGACCCAGGCUGCAGCUCCCAACUAUGCCACCGAGCAGAGCUUCUCUGGUGCCCAGAGGGCUUUGAUGGGUAGAGCUGGUUGCUCCCCUCUGGAGCAACAGGGGAUUCCCCAUCAACAGACAGGCUACAAUUGCUUCUCUUUGGAGAACCAAGAGACUCCUAGUCAACAGGUGGGCCCUCAGUGCUCCUACCUGGAGAAACAAGGGAUGGCCAGUCAACAGGUGGCCUCCCAGUGCUCCUAUCUGGCCACAGGCACUGAAAAGCAACGGGACUGUGCUUUGGAGUAUGGAGGAGAUGCAGGAAGUGGGCAUUCUACUGCCUAUCACUUUCUAAGCUACAACUCUGAAAUACCCGUUCAUCCUCCUCCACCUUCUGUGCCAUAUUUUUAUGGAGAAGGAACUGAAAUCAGGGAAAGCCAGAAUGCAAGUCCCUUCCUUUUGGAUUAUGCUCAAGGUGCAUAUGGGGUAAAGAGGCCUCAGGAAGAGUAGAAGACAGACCACUGUCGUUGCUUGUUCUGUCUCUCACUGCUGCAAGAACAGCAGCAGAAUGAAUCGCAGUAUCACGCACAGCAGCAUGAUACGAAUCACCUACAGGGCAUGAUGUUCCAGCAACAGCUGCCGAUGGACUUGGGUCCUUGAGAUCUAGGGAAGCAGUGGCCCUCCGCUCAGUCACAGCUGCAGAGUCAACUGCCUCAGGUUAAUGGAAAGCCCUUGUGCUCUCAGCUACAGCACAUGCCUCCCCAAAUAGCUGCUGGCUCAUGCCUGCUGCCUCUAGGACAACAUAUGCAGGAAGAGGCUUCAAGCAAUCCAGGGCCCAAGUGCAGCAGUUUUAGGUUGAGGGGUCUACAAAGGCUUACCACAGGAAGCCAAGGACGCAGCUCUGCAAAGUAUUGCUAAGUGUCACAGAACCACAGCCACCAGUCAGGGCCACAGUCACCCACACAGCAGACCAAAGCAAAGCCAUCUCCAGAAGCCUCUGCAUUAAAAGAAAACAAAAGGAGGCCAGCUGAGGUGAGAUUGUUUAAGCCUAAGAGUUCUUUUUUUUUUUUUGAGACGGAGUUUCCCUCUUGUUACCCAGGCUGGAGUGCAAUGGCAAGAUCUCGGCUCACCGCAACCUCUGCCUCCUGGGUUCAGGCAAUUCUCCUGCCUC